CACGCCGCGAGUUCCUGGCACAGAAGAGACCCGAACUCCGAACCGAACUCCACACCUCCGAGCGCUCGGCAUCUGGCGCUGCUCCAGGUCUGGAAGGGAUCUCUGAACAGGACAGGACUCUGAGGAGACUCCCCAGCCCAGGAGCCCAGCCGGCCCCCCAGCUCCCCACCUGCCACUCCCUGGCCCCUCCCACCACCCGCCCCCCUCGGGGCGCAGGGCAUGGUGUGAAAGGCCGAGUACUGGGCGGGUGCCAUGGGUGCUGGGCCCUAAGGCCUGGGUGGUGGGGGGUGGGUGGCCUGUGGGCGUGUGGGGGGCCAGCGUGCCUGCCCCAGUCUCUUGGCGUGCUGGAGGGCAUCCUGGAUGGAAUUGAAGUGAAUGGAACAGAAGCCAAGCAAGGUGGAGUGCGGGUCAGACCCAGAGGAGAGCAGUGCCAGGUCACCAGAUGGAAAGCGAAAAAGAAAGAACGGCCAAUGUUCCCUGAAAACCAGCAUGUCAGGGUAUAUCCCUAGUUACCUGGACAAAGACGAGCAGUGUGUUGUGUGUGGGGACAAGGCCACCGGUUAUCACUACCGCUGUAUCACGUGUGAGGGGUGCAAGGGCUUCUUUCGCCGCACAAUCCAGAAGAACCUCCACCCCACCUAUUCCUGCAAAUAUGACAGCUGCUGUGUCAUCGACAAAAUCACUCGCAACCAGUGCCAGCUGUGCCGCUUCAAGAAGUGCAUCGCAGUGGGCAUGGCCAUGGACCUGGUUCUCGAUGACUCAAAGCGUGUGGCCAAGCGAAAGCUGAUCGAGCAGAACCGGGAGCGGCGGCGGAAGGAAGAGAUGAUCCGGUCCCUGCAGCAGCGGCCAGAGCCCACUCCUGAGGAGUGGGACCUGAUCCACGUGGCCACCGAGGCCCAUCGCAGCACCAACGCCCAGGGCAGCCAUUGGAAGCAGAGGCGGAAAUUCCUGCCGGAUGACAUUGGCCAGUCACCCAUCGUAUCCAUGCCGGACGGAGACAAGGUGGACCUUGAGGCCUUCAGCGAGUUUACCAAGAUCAUCACCCCGGCCAUCACCCGUGUGGUGGACUUUGCCAAAAAACUGCCCAUGUUCUCCGAGCUGCCUUGUGAAGACCAGAUCAUCCUCCUGAAGGGGUGCUGCAUGGAGAUCAUGUCCCUGCGGGCAGCCGUGCGCUAUGACCCCGAGAGUGACACCCUGACGCUGAGUGGAGAGAUGGCUGUCAAGCGGGAACAGCUCAAAAACGGGGGACUGGGCGUGGUCUCCGAUGCCAUCUUUGAACUGGGCAAGUCACUCUCUGCCUUCAACCUAGAUGACACGGAAGUGGCUCUGCUGCAGGCUGUGCUGCUAAUGUCAACAGACCGCUCGGGCCUGCUGUGUGUGGACAAGAUAGAAAAGAGUCAGGAGGCGUACCUGCUGGCGUUCGAGCACUACGUCAACCACCGCAAACACAACAUUCCGCACUUCUGGCCCAAGCUGCUGAUGAAGGUGACUGACCUCCGCAUGAUCGGGGCCUGCCACGCCAGCCGCUUCCUCCACAUGAAAGUCGAGUGCCCCACCGAGCUCUUCCCCCCUCUCUUCCUGGAGGUCUUUGAGGAUCAGGAAGUCUAAAGCCUCAGGCGGCCAGAGGGUGUGCGGAGCUGUCAGGGAGGAGCCUGGAGAGGAGGGGCCAAGCUGGGGGCCAGGGGGACCCCCACCUCCUCUCUCCUCCUAAUCCUGGGAUAGAUGCAGCUCCCCCACACACCCCGCACUGCCCAGGUCCCCAGAUCCUCCAGCCCUGGCACAGGGCACACAGAUGAACUCGCUGUGAAAGCAUAGUGUGGGAGGCCGGGACCUGGUCCCCCAGUUUCUGGGAGCCCGUCCUGUGAGAUGUGGGGGCAGGUACGGGCCGGGCCGAGCCAUCGUGACCAUAGGGAAAGGAAGGGUGUGGCUGGGGACUGUGCAGUCACCCCGUACACACGCAGGAGAGCCCCAGCCGGUCCUUGGCCGAAGCUUCCCCUCCAGGCUCAGGGCCUCUGGACGGCGUGGGCUGGGCUUUGCUCCUCCACUGGAGGUUAAACAUGACAGUCGCCCUAACUGCACUUUGGAAACCAAGUGAGGGGAGAAGAUAAAUGAAGAAAAACUAGACAGA